UCUAAAUCAAUGAUCUAAUGGAGAAAUUUCCAUUCUAUAACACAGAGCCUAAGGCCAGGCUCGCGAAGUUAAGGGAGCACUUUAACAAAUUUGAAGAGGAAUCUAGCUCAAUAACGAUAGAGCAGGAGCUCCAGAAGUAUCGCGAUAACAUUACUCAGGCACUGAACACAGUCAUAUCGGAUAAACAAGUGCUCAUUAAAUGCGGUGAUAAGCUGUUAUUAGAAGUAGAUUCGGGGUGUGUCAAGGAGUUGUUGGAACACAUAAAGGAUGUGUGAUCACUGUCAAGGAACAUAACUUAUCGCACUAGACACUAGUUA